AUGAUUCAUCGGGGGCGUGACGAGAAACCAGAUCUCUUCCUCUUGUUACUGCUAGUCGUGUCAUUGUCACUGGUGCUCGACGUCGUCGGAGAAUCACCGCCGGCAGCAGGAGGAAAAGGAGGAGAGUCGACGGCGGCAUGCGGCAGUAGCAGCUACAACUACCUCGGCGCGCUGCUGGGACUGAUGAUCCCGUGCAAGGCGGCGGUGGCGCCCUUCAGCCCGGCGCCGCCCACGGACGACUGCUGCUGGGCGGUGCGCGAGCUGGGGCAGCCCUGCCUCUGCCUGCUCCUUGCCGGCCCGCCCAUCUCGGGCGCCGACCGCCGCAUGCUCGCCCUCCUCCCCUCCAUAUGCGCCGCCGCCGACGACGACAGCGACCUGCGUCAGGAUCUAGGCUCGUGCACUGCUACGUAGCACGGUUCUCCUUCUCCUUCAGUUUGUGACACAUAUUCCUACUGGGCUACGGGACAAGCAAGCAUUGACACGCGACUAGAAAGUUGAUCUAA